AUGGUAACCACGUCCAAGCCUUCAACGAUUACUGAAGAAAUUGAUCUCAGCGUGGCACUUACAGAAGAGGACAUUUGGUUGAACAAGUUUUCAGUUUCUGAACCGAAAAAGAAGGAGACUCAUGUGGAGUCAUCUGGAGAGAACAAACGAAAGUUCUCCAACUUUAAGCAAGGUACCAGCAUUUCGGACAAAAAGGGUGAAACAAGCGCACAGGCCAAGGCUAAGGGAAAAGGGUAUAUGGGCACCCUGCACAAGUGUAACGCGUGUCAGUUGCAUCACGAGGGACGAUGCAAGUCUCUGAAAUGUGAAUCUUGUGGAAGAAUGGGCCACUCAAAAGAAACUUGCUGGGUUGGUACUGGUCGUGGUGGCCAAAGGGGUUUUGGUAACAACCGUGGAGGUAAUAGGAACGGAAACCGCCCACAAGGAAGGAAUGGCGGAAAUGGAAACCGUGGAAAUUUCGGGAAUCAAGCGGGAAAUGAUAACCGCAAUCAGAACAACAACCAAGGCGGUAAUGGAAAUGGUAAUGGGAAUGGUCCAGGACCAGGGUGUUUCAACUGUGGAGACCUGGGGCACUUUAAAAGGGAAUGCCCGAAACUGAACCAAGCGCAAGGAAGAGUCUUCAACAUUGGCGCAAGGGAAGCGCGCCAGGAUCCAAAUGUCGUCACUGAAUCUCAUCACCGGCUUUAUCAUCAAUAG